AUGGAAGGGGCUGAAAAUCAAAAUGGUACCAAAGCUGCUGUACCUAAUGAAGGACUGGAUAUGUCAAGCAAAACAGAGAUUUUAAGUAGAAAAGGGUCCCGUAGAAGCAAAACAGAGAUCAGUGGAAGCAAAACUUCAACUCUGCAGAAAACUGUAACUCACUCAGAAAAUAGAAUGGAAGGGGGUGAUGAUCAGAAUAGCAACAAUGCUGGACUGAAUAACUUGAGCAAAACAGAGAUUGAAAACAGAAGAGCUUCUCGUGCAAACAAAGCAGAAACUGACAGAAAAGGUUCCCGUGUAAAUGAAACAGAGACUGAAAGCAGAAGAGCUUCUCGUGCAAGCAAGGCAGAGACUGAAAGCAGAAGAGCUUCUCGUGCAAGCAAGGCAGAGACUGAAAGUAGAAGAGUUUCUCGUGCAAAUGAUACUCAAAACAGAAUAGUCUCUGGUGCAAGCAAGACAGAAACUGAAAAUGGAAGAGUUUCUGCUGCAAAUGAAGCAGAGACUGAAAGCAGAAGAGGUUCCCAAGCAGACAAAAAUGGGAUUAGAAGAAGCAAAACUUUAGUCCUGCAGAAACAAACCUCAAAAGAGGAUACAAAGAAAGGAACAGACAGUUCAAGGCGUUCAGAAACAAACCUUUCAACAUCAAUGCCAGCCUCCUCAGAGAUCAUCAAAACCGAUAAACUAGAACCGAUUACUACAAGAGACUUUGGGACAAACGUUACCAUGUGUGCUAUCCGUAAAAAGUCAUCUAAAUCAGCAAAGAAGAAACACAACUGGGGCAACUUAGCACCAUAUUUCGAUACCAGUGCAUUAAACUCUUGUAAAGCUGAGCCAACAAUGAUCAGUUACCAAUACAGGAGUAGAUCGACCACUUAUAAAAUUCUUGAUCCUGAAGUUUCAUUGAAGAUGGAUCAAUUGAUAUCACCAGAACUUCCCUAUCGAUCUGUGCCACAGAUUUGUUUAUCCUCGAGGAAUCGCAAAUCACGAGCUAAAACACAAAGUAAAAAACGUUGCAGCCCGAAGGAAAAGAAAGAUCAAAAGCUAAGGUGUGCUUGUCUAAGACCAAGGGAAGACACGCAUGGCUUAGAUGAAAUUGCCAAACAGCACUAUUGGGAAACGCGGCACGCCUUUUUCCGAAUGGGUUUGGAUCAACUGAUAAAUCAUCGCCCAGGUCUCCAGGCUUUAUUUAAAAGUCUCAUUCUGAUUUACAUGGGAACCACAAAAGGCUCAUUGAAAGCCGUCAAACAACUGACCAACUGCUACUGUAAUUAA